UGUGACCCGGUUAUUUGGGAUUUGACAGCAACCACUUCAAUUAUGUCGUCACGAAGUGCUUCCGGGAAUAGUAAAUCCGGUGAUGAGAAAAGCGACAACGAAGAUCAGGUGCCGAACAUUUCGUCUGCUGAGGUCUCUGAAAAGUACAAAACAGCUGCCCGCAUUACUAAUGACACAAUCAAAACCGUGCAGUCCAAAUGCGUGAGUGGAGCUUCAAUUGUAGAUCUAUGUCAGAUGGGCGACAACCUUAUCAUUCAGAAGACAGGAGAGUUCGCGAAGAAAGCGCCCUACAAAAAAGGCAUUGCAUUCCCCACCUGCAUUUCACUCAACGGUCACCUAGCUCACUUCUCUCCUCUAAAAGCGAAUGACGUCACUCUGAAUAAUGGCGACUUGGUCAAGUUAGAGCUGGGCACGCACGUGGACGGAUACAUAGCAAUAUCUGCUCUUUCUUUUGUCGUUGGAGCUUCCAAGGAAUCUCCAGCGACGGGCAAGAAGGCGGACGUGAUCUUGGCUGCGUACUAUGCAGCAGAAGCGGCUAUUAGGAGUCUCAAAGUGGGCACCCCUGGACAGAAAGUGGCGGAUGUGGUGCAGACUGUGACGGGAGAGUUCAAGUGCAAACCAGUGGAGAACAUGCUCUUCUACGCCAUGGACCAGAACAAGUUAGAAGGAGAGACUGGAAUUCUGAUCAACGGGUCAGUAGAGGGUAGGAAGGACCACACCCAGCCAGAAGUCAAGGAGCACGAAGUGUAUGCAGUAGAUGUGCUGGUCUCCUCUGGCAAGGGAACGUGUAAACUGACCUCCCUGGACACCACAAUCUACAAACUGGAACAGGUGCACUACAGUCUGAAGAGCAAGAGGAGCAGACACUUCUUCAACUACGCAAACAACCAGUUCCAGUUCAUGCCCUUCAAUCUCAGGUAUUUUGAGACAGAUGAAAACAACGUGAGUGUAGCGCAGAGUGUGUUGCCGAAGUUGAAGACGAAGGACAACAAGGGCAUCGAGGUGCCUGACUUCGUCACGUGCAAGAUGGGCAUCAAGGAGUGCAGGGAACACGGACUCAUGACACAGUUCGAUGUGCAACAGGUUGAACAGGUGGAGGAGGGCGGAGAGUUCUGUGCUCAGUUCAAGUUCACCGUCUUCGUCCACUCCAGGGGUCCCGAGAGGAUCACCUUCGUAGACUUCGACCCCUCCCUCUACAAGUCCGAACACUCCAUACAGGACGAAGCUGUUAAUGAGCUAUUGAAAGAAAAGAUAGACUUGAGUAAGAAGAAAAAGAAGAAGAAGCCGGCUGCCAAAUCCACAGAGCCUUCCGGAGAUGCGAAAUCGAACUCAGCGCCAGCGCCAGUGCCUGUUCAGUCAUAGAAAAGACGCGCACCUGCUCCGAAUCACAACUCAACACAUCAAAACACUCGAAUAGAAUUCGCCAAAACAACUACCGAUGCAAGAAAAAUAAACAAAUAAAGAAACGAUGAGGUUGAAAUUAAUUCCGCCGAUGAUGUAACUUAACAUGGUGAAGAUGAAAAGGGAAAUAAUGAGUGGACAUUGCAGUAAUCGAUGACGGACAUGAUUAUACAAAAGCAGUAGAAUACUUUUCGAAUCUUAACCCAACCAACCGUUUCAGUCUUGUCUUAACAACUGCAGGGGCUGUUUUAACUUAAAACUGGAUUGUUUUGUUAUUAUUAACAUCUUAGUAGUAAAGCUAAUACUAGGGAAAAGAAGUAGUGUGGCGGUUUCUGAGGUAAUUGGAUUUUCACCAGCUGAAAUGACCGCUCAGAUUUGCCGAGAAGUCGCUAUAAUGCUGGUCUAUAUUAGCAAUAAAAAUUAUUGAUUGGAGGGAAUUUUAAUAGCUGUAUUUUUUCAUUGCCCUAAUAGCUAUUCUGCGAAUUGCACAGCUGUUCUUCAAAUGACACUCAGCUGCUGUUUUUAAUUUUUGUUACAAUUCUCGAACUUGUUAAAAACUUCACAUUUGCUGUUGUUUGGUCAUUCUGGAGAACAGUUGUUUGUAUUAUCUGAUGUAUAAUUUAUUUGUGAUUUGCUUUGACUGCUGGAUGGUUGCUUAGUGGAGUGAUAUGAUGUUUUGACAUUGAAACUUAUGUAAUGUGGCAAAACUUGACAAACUUUUUGUUU